GAUUGAGUAAUGGGUAUGUUUAAUUAUAACAAUACAUCAGAAAUUCUUUUUAAGGGCUGCAUUCGUUUCGUUAAACUCGCACAUCUAUUUCGCUACUUAAUUUUAGCCAAAGGCUGAUUGGUAGGCUUGAGGCGAAAAUUGAUUGCGAAACAACUUCUGACCAACCCGUACGCUGUAUUUAUACACAUACUUGCAUAAUGAAGAUUUGGACAUCGGAGCACACAUUUAACCACCCAUGGGAAACGGUUACGCAGGCUGCUUGGCGAAAAUAUCCGAAUCCUAUGACACCAUCUAUAAUUGGCACAGAUGUUGUAGAGCGUAAAGUAGUGGAUGGAGUUUUGCACACGCACCGUCUUGUCCAAUCGAAAUGGUACUUCCCGAAAUGGACACAGUCAUUGAUUGGUACUGCUAAAACAUGUUUCGCAAGUGAACGUUCCACAGUGGACCCGCAGCGAAAACAAAUGGUUCUCAAAACCAUUAACUUAACUUUCUGUAGGCACAUUUCUGUAGAUGAGGUUCUCUAUUAUGAACCACAUCCCACAGAUUCCACUAAAACUCUACUAAAACAGGAGGCAUCUGUUAGUGUGCAAGGUGUUCCAUUAUGCCACUAUAUGGAGGAUAUGCUUACAUCAACAAUCAGUAAGAAUGCUGGCAAAGGUCGUCAGGGACUUGAAUGGGUAAUUGGACGUAUAAAUGAAGAAGUUAAAGGUAUUACCGAAACCGCAGAUGACUUCUUAAUGAAGACGAAACAUUCCCUGGAUGAUAUGACGGAGAGUGCGCGCAAAAGUAUGGAUGAAAUAAGCGCGCAAGCGGCAAAGCAUAUUCGUAUAUAAAAGACAGAUUUAAGUUAAUUGGCGGAUCAAGUAGCAGGGAGCUUUGUUGGAUUUUACGAUGAGUAGUAUAAUGUAAAAACACUAUUGUGAGUAAAGCGAGUAUUUGUUGAGACUUCAUCGUACAAAACGAAAAUAUAAAUAAAAUAUGUAUAUUUGUAAAUAUCGAAAAUAAUUUUCAAUAUUUGCAUAUUUUAUUAGAGACAGAACGAAAUGUGAAAUGAUUAAUAUGCUCCGGCAGAUAAAAAUUAGAUAAUUGCAGCGUACAACAUAUUAUGGAUAGUAUAGUAUGUAUGAGUUCCAAAUAAAAAGACAAAAUCAA